CAGCUGCUGAAGCGACUACAAAGGAUGAUAACAGUCUAUCGGACACCGACGAUGAUGGCGUCGACCAAACAGAAGUGCAACAGCCCUGCAUGAUACGAUAAACUGUCUGUCCUAGAUGUCAAUAGUACUUCAGCAGUCAGCACACUAUGAUCGUCUGCAGGGAAUUGAAAGGUCUGAUGCAGUCCAUUUCGAGCACUUUGACCGACAGCAUAUCUCAAGCGAAUUCCCCCAGGCAGGUGAUGCCAUCGCAGAUCGCCUUGGACUUGCUAUAUUGCAACGAAGUGCAAUCCAUCGGUAUCGCGAGCGACAUCACCUAAAGCUGGGUCAGGCCCUGAACCAUGCUUUGAGUGAUCACCCGGACAGUGUGUCGACCAGACUUUCCGAAACUGUUGCAACCGAAUUCGCCGAGACGAUGCAUAUCGAUCAUAAUCUAGAUUCAGAAUCGAUUGUUUCGCAGACUUCCUAUGCCGAAACACUCAUCAAUGGCAGUGAAGGAAUGGUGAUUCCACCACCUCCUCCAGAGUCAGUCCAUGGGAACCCUUUCAAAUGUUCGUGUUGCUCCCCUUAGACCUGAAACCUGUCGCGCAGUGUCCGCUGACUGUAUUCGACCCGGGACCCCCUAGCGGUCCAGAUCUCCACCUUCCGCUGUGGACCAAAGGAAGCUGCAGAAGCUGAAUAAGGGCGGAUACGCUGCACUUGAAUAGGAGGCAGAAGCAGAAGAAGAAAGGACAGAAUGGGAUACAAUGAAAGCAGAAUGAAGAAAGCAGAAGCAGCAGCAGCAGGGAUACCGGC